AUGAACGCGAAUUCUGAGGGACACGAACAAACUGCGGUCGAACCAUCACCAGCUGCUGCUGCUGCUGUAACCGAAACUGAAAACACUUCGACAAUAUCCGAUACAACAGAUGAGAAGUCAAGUGUGGAACAAUCUCCAGCUGUUGAAGAACAUAAACCGCAAGUACCACUGGCAACAACAACAACAACAUCAGCAUCCUCAUGGCUCAGUAAUUUGGGCUUGUCGCCAAAUUUGACAAGUCAAUUGACAAAUAUUAGUUCUUCAUUGAUACAAGCAACAUCAAAAGUAACGGCUGCUGCAAAUACACUGGUGCAAAAAUCUUUACCCCAACGUCCUACAUCACCAACCGAAAAUGAACAGGCAGAGCCGGUAACAAAAACUGAGGAGAAUCAACAAACAGAGUCGCCAAUCGAACAAACUUCUGGAAUAGCUGGCAUAAACAAAGAUCUGACAACUAUUUUUACGGAUCUGAGUUCGACUGUGCUGAAAGGUGCUCAGCAAUUAAAACAUGCGGUCGAAGAAAAGUCUUUACUUGGCAAUUUUACGAAAGAACACGACAAAUUUGUCACAGAAAAACGCACACAACAACGUCGUGAAGAAGCUGCUGUCCCACCUUGGGUUGGUUAUGUUGAAGAAGAAGAAAUGAAAAAAGCAAUCUUAGCGCUUUCAAAAGAGAAACGCAAUUUUCUGCGAAAUCAACCACCGGGUGCUAAUUUUCAUUUCGACAUGGCUGCUGUCUUUCCCGUUGCAUUAGCAACUCUCGAAGUGGAUGAAAAUCUCAAACAAAUGCGCUUUGAUCUUGUGCCAAAACAAAUUAACGAAGAGACGUUCUGGCGCAAUUAUUUUUAUCGUGUUAGUUUGAUCAAACAAUCAACACAGUUAUCGGCAUUGGCAAACCAAAAUCGAAACACAGAAUCAGCUGAUGGUAAUUCUGAUUUAUCAAAUGAACGUAAUCGCAAACUGUCAGAAUCCCAAGAUCUAAAUCAAGAAUUUGUCAGUGAAGAUUAUGACACAUCGGCUGUUAGUAUGGAUGACAUUCGUCGUGAAAUUGAACAGUUGACUGUUACGAAGAAGAAUCCUAACAAAAACAAUGCAGGAAAAACUGGUAGUCCAGACGAGAGUGAAUGGGAUAAAGCAUUAGCUGAAGAUCUUGAUAAUGUUUCUCCUGAAGAACUUGAAGCACAAAUUAAUCAAAUGUUGGAGAGAGACUCACAAUAG